AUGUCUUCGUCUCGUGUCGGAUUCCGUUUCCUGAACAACUCGCGCGCUGCGUUCCGCAACUUUCGCCAAAAUGGUGCCAAGGGAUUCCGGUUCUCGAGCAGCGAGGCCAGUGCAGCUGGUGUCGAGCAGACAACUUUCCAGAAGAUGUGGAACAGCCCUGUUGGCGUAAAGACGGUUCACUUCUGGGCCCCCGUUAUGAAGUGGAGUCUCGUCAUUGCCGGAAUUUCCGACCUGUCUCGUCCAGCUGAGAAGCUCUCGCUCACUCAAAACCUGGCCCUGACAGCCACUGGCGCAAUCUGGACACGGUGGUGCAUGAUCAUCAAGCCUCGCAACAUCCUCCUGGCUACCGUCAACUUCUUCCUCGGAUGCACCGGUCUCGUCCAGGUGACGAGAAUAUUAAUGUGGCGCCGCAGCCAGGAAGGAUCGACCACUGAAGCCGCAAAGCAUCUGGCCGAGGAGACGGCGGGUAGUGCCAAGGGUGUUGUUGAGUCGGUCGAGAGCAAGAUCGAGAGCAAGGUCAAGCCUUCGCAGUAG